UGGCUUUGGGGUUGGAUUUAGGGUUUUUAGGAGGAGCGGAAAAAGUUCCUGGGGCUGAGGUGCCUGGGAUCUCCCGAGGAAUGGAUUUGGGUAUUUUGGGGUUGGAUUUGGGAUUUUUUAGGAGGAAGGGAAGGAGUUCCUGGGGCUGAGGUGUCUGGGGUCUCCUUAAAAGGUUUUAGGAACUUUGGGGUCGGGUUUAGGGUUUUUAGGAGGAAGGGAAAUGGUUAAAGGUGGCUGAGGUGCACAGAGAACUUUGGGAUCCCCUGAGGGAUGGAUUUGGGAAUUGUGGAGUCGGAUGUAGGAUUUUUAGGGAAACGGAAAGAGUUAAAGGUGGCUGAGGUGUCUGGGGCCUCCUUAAAAAGUUUUAGGAAUUUUGGAGUCGGAUUUAGGAUUUUUAGGAGGAUGAGAAAUGGUUAAAGGUGGCUGAGCUGCACAGAGAACUCUGGGACCUCCUGAGGGAUGGAUUUGGGAAUUUUUGGGGUCGGGUUUAGGGUUUUUAGGAGGAGCGGAAAAGUUCCUGGGGCUGAGGUGCCUGGGACCUCCUGAGGAAUGGAUUUGGGUAUUUUGGGGUUGGAUUUGGGAUUUUUUAGGAGGAAGGGAAAGAGUUAAAUGUGACUGAGGUGCACUGGGAUCUCCUUAAAAGGUUUUAGGAACUUUGGGGUUGGGUUUAGGGUUUUUAGGAGGAGGAGAAAUGGUUAAAGGUGGCUGAGCUGGAGCCGGGAACUCCGGGAUCUCCUGAGAGAAGGAUUCGGGAGUUUGGGGUUGUUUUUAGGAACGAGUUCCUGGGGCUGAGGUGUUUGGGAUCUCCUUAAAAGGUUUUAGGAAUUUUAAGGUUGCGUUUGGGAUUUUUUAGGAGGAAGGGAAAUGGUUAAAGGUGGCUGAGGCGCACAGAGAACUUUGGGACCUCCUGACGGAUGGAUUUGGGAAUUGUGGAGUCGGAUUUGGGAUUUUUAGGAGGAGGGGAAAUGGUUAAAGGUGCCUGAGGUGUCUGGGAUGUCCGGACCGAUGGAUUUGGGAAUUUUUGGGUUGGAUUUAGGAUUUUUAGGAGAAAGGGAAAGAGUUAAAGGUGGAGGCUCAGCAGAGAACUCUGGGAGCUCCUGAGAGCAGGAUUUGAGCUUGGGGCUGGUUUUAGGGUUUUUUUAGGAGGCGGGGAAAUGUUCCCUGGGGCUGAAGUGUCUGGGAUCUCCUGAAAAGGUUUUAGGAAUUUUGGGGCGGGGUUUAGGGCUUUAGGGAGGAGGGGAAAUGGUUAAAAGUGCCUGAGGUGUCUGGGAUCUCCGGGCCGAUGGAUUUGGGAAUUUUAGCGUUGGAUUUAGGAUUUUUUUAGGAGGACGGAAAAUAAUUUCUGGUGCGGGAAAAAACUCCGGGACCCGCUGAGAAAAGGAUUUGGGAAUUUUGGGGUCGGGUUUAGAGUUUUUAGGCGGAGGGGAAAGAGUUAAAGGUGUCUGAGGUGUCUGGGAUGGAUUUGGGAUUUUUAGGGCUGGAUUUAGGAAUUUUUAGGAGGAAGGGAAGGAGUUAAAAGUGGCUGAGGUGUCUGGGAUCUCCUGUCCGAUGGAUUUGGGAAUUUCAGGAUUGGAUUUAGGAGGAGGGGAAAGAGUUAAAGGUGGCUGAGCUGCACAGAGAACCCCUGACCGAUGGGUUCGGGAAUUUUGGGGUCGGAUUUAGGAUUUUUUUUUAGGAGGAAGGGAAAGAGUUAAAGGUUGAGGCGCAGCAGAGAACUCUGGGAGCUCCUGCCCGAGGGAUUCGGGAAGUUUGGGGUUGGUUUUGGGGUUUUCAUGCGGAAGGGAAGCGGCUCGCGGCGCGUGUGAAUGGCAGGAAAAUUCUCCUUUUCCAAGGAAUUCCUGGAUUCCCCAGCAAAUGGGAGCGAGCCUGGAAAGAGAAGGAAAAAAAAAAACAAACAAACAAAUUUUUUUUUUUGGGAGAAGCAUUGUGGGAACAGAGAGAGGCUGAGAAACGAAACUUGCCCCAAAACCCCUCCUGACCUUUUUUUUCCUUUCACUUCUCGAAUUUUCAACUUCCCGAAAGUUCAACUUCCCCCAAAUCCGCGUCGACAAAAUCCGGGAUGACAAAAUCCGGCCUGACAAAAUCCGGGACUAUUUAAAUAAAUAAAUAAAUAAAUAAAAUAAUAAAAGUUGGGGGGAAGAGGAGGAGCAGGAACUUUGGGGAGCCAAGAUUUGGGAUUUUGUAAUCCCCGGCUCCCGUGGGUGUUCGGGAUUUGGGGCUCUGCCUCCAAAUGUGGGAGGGAAAGAUGGGAGGGAAAAAUUCCAGCCUGGGGAACAGCGAGAAUUCCCGGAUUUCUGCGCCUCCCGGAGAUUUUCCCAGCCGGGAAUUUUCCUGCGCCGCCUCAUUCCAGGCCAUGUCCACAGCUGGAAUUUCGGGAAUUUUGGAAUUGUUGCUCCAGCUGGAGGAAAACUUCUCCUCCUGCCUGGCCCGGAUCGACGCCCUCAUCAUCAAACCUCUGCUCCAGGCAGAGCCGCAGGAUCCGAAGGAAAAGGAGAAUUUCCAGCUUUUCGUGCUCCUCAACGAUCGCUUCCAAAGCCUCUGGAAUUUCACGGAGGAGAAUUCCCGGAUCCUGAGGGGGAAAUCUCAGUUGGAAAAUUCCGGUUGUAUCCAGGAUUUUUACAUCCUGUGGAAAGGAGAAGUUUUCCUCAGCCUCUACAUCCAGUAUUUCGUCACCUUCGCCAACUUUGUCGUGGUCCAGGGCUUCGAGCAGGCCGCCAGGAGCAAGAGCGACGCCUGGAGGCUGCACAAGGCGGUGCUGAAGGAAUUCCUGCGGGAUUUCACCUCGGAGAGCUCCCUGGGCCUGGCCCUGCACUUGGCGCUCCACAAACCCUUCCAGGAGCACAUCCAGAGCUACCUGCAGCUCCUCUCGCAGCUCCAGGAGCAGCUCCAGGAGGGCUCGGAGCGGGACGUGGUGGCCACUGUGGCGCAGGAAUUUGGGAAGCUGGAAUCCUUCAUCAGCCAGGUCCUGGAUGAAGCCGUCUUCACCAAGGAGCUCUGGAAAUCCCUGGGCUACAAAUUCACCGACGUGCUGUGUGUCCCUGAGAGGAGGCUCCUGGAGGACAGCAGGAACCUUCCCAUCACGUCCGGCUGUGCCCGCUCCGAGCGGCUCCUGCUCUUCGACGACGUCCUGGUGCUCAUCCAGGGAAACAGCUUCCAGAGUUUUGAUCUGAAGCUGGUGUGGGUGGAUGAAAACUGUGGAGAGAAAUCGGCUCCAGGACUGCACAGCCUACGCAUCACAACCCCGGAGGAGACGUUCGUCCUCUCCACCAAGGACCCUCAGAUGAAGGCCGUGUGGAGGUGGAAGCUGGAGCAGGCCGUGCGCCAGGCGCUGAACGGGAAGCGGGAUUUCCCUCUCUGGGGCCGCAGCGGGGAGGGCAGCGAGGCCCCGUCCCGACGCUUCUUCAGCUACGUCUUCCGCACGGAGGGACGGCUCCGCGGGGCCACCUACGAGGGGGAGUGGCUCUGGGGGAAACCCCAUGGCAAGGGGACGCUGAAGUGGCGCGAUGGACGCAACCACGUUGGCGAUUUCCAGGAGGGCCUGGAGCAUGGAUUUGGGAUCUGCCUGGUCCCGCGGCGCUCCGAGGAUCGCUACGACUGCUACAAGUGCCACUGGUACCAGGGCAAGAUGAGGGGCUAUGGAAUCUGUGAGUACGGGAAUGACCUGGUCUACAAGGGCUACUUCAAGGACAACGUGCGCCAGGGCUUUGGGAUCCUGGAGAACUUCUCGGCUGAGCAUCCCUUCAGAUACACGGGACAGUGGGAAAACGACAAAAAGAACGGAUACGGAGUCUGGGAGGACAAGCAGAGAGCGGAGAGGUACAUCGGGAUGUGGUUGGAUGACCACAGACACGGAGAAGGCAUCGUGGUGACCCAGUCGGGGCUCUGCUACCAGAGGACAUUCCAUGCGGAUAAAAUGGUGGGUUCAGGAAUUCUCCUCCUGGAAGACGACUCCGUCUACGAAGGGAACUUCACGGAUGAUCUGACGUUCGUUGGAAAGGGGAAGCUGUCCUUCGCCAACGGCUCCGUGCUGCGGGGCACGUUCAGCGCGCGGGGCGGCCUCAGCGCCCAGGGCGAGCUCAGCACGGCCCCCGAGCCCCGGAGACGGCCGGACCAGCUGGGCCUCAAGGAGUUCCCAGUGGAGAAGAGAUGGACGGGAAUCUUCGAGCAGUUCCUGGAAUUCCUCCAUUCCGGCUGCAAGGAGGAAAUGGAGGAAUCCUUUACGGGAUUCCACAUCCAAACCAGCAAGGAGCUGAGGAAAUCCCAGGAAUAUCUGUUCUGCCAGAGAGGUUCUGAGGAGUUUUCUUGGAAAAUUGAGGAGAUCCUGGAAGACCUCACCGAGCACCAGGAGCCAGAGUCACUCCAGAGUUAUUUGGAGAAGGCGUUGGAAUCCUCCCUGCAUCCCUUGGGGAAGCUGCUCCGGGCUCUGACCGCGGCGUUCCAGGCGACGUAUUCCGGCAUCGGCGCCAACCGGCACCUGCUGGCCAUGGCGCAGGAGGAGGUCAAGUUCUACUCCAAGAAAAUCUGGGAAUUCUACCAGGGUUUGCUGCGGGUGGCCCUGGAGCGGAAGGGCCGCGCGCCCUCGGAGGAUGUGGAUCCCAGUCUUGGGAAGGGCCCCAGCCUGGUGCUGCCGCUGAUCCUGCCCGGAUUCUAUCCCGAGCUCUCCAUGCUCUACAUGCUCCAGCACCAGCAUGAGGACGAGCUCUACUGCCAGGGGAUUGUGGAGCUCAGCCUCUUCCCGGAUAUCCAGCUCCUGGAGUUCCUGGAUGUGCAGAAGCACCUGUGGCCUCUCAAGGACCUCUCCCUGACCUCCAACCAGAGGCGCUCCCUGAUCAAGGACAAAUGUUUCCUGUCGGCCACCGAGUGCCUGCAGAAGCUCAUCACGACGGUGGACCCGCGGCAGAAGCUGGAGAUCCUGCGCAGGACGUACGAGGAGCUGGAGCUGACGGUGUCGCGGCUGCGCGGCGCCGAGUACCGGCUGCCCAUGGACGACCUCCUGCCGCUCCUCGUCUUCGUCGUGUCCCGGGCCAAGAUCCAACACCUGGGAGCUGAAAUCCACCUGAUCCGGGAUUUGAUGGAUCCGACCAACCAGGGAGGAAUGUUGGACUUCCUGCUGACAACACUGGAGUCGUGCUAUGAACACAUCCAGAGGAUCCGGCUCCAUCCAAAGGAAAACUCCCACAGCUCCUGAUCCAUGGGGAAAAUCGGAAUUUUCCGGAAUUUUCUGGACCAAACCCCGCUGUAAAAAGUGGGAAUUUUAUCCCUGGCUGCCUUCAAAGGGAAGAAUUCCUCCCCAGCCGAGGUUUUCCUAAUCCCAAAAACACUGGAAGGGCUGGAAUUUCCAUCUCCAAGGUUUUAUUUUUGGAGUUUUACCCUCUUUUCCUGUAAAUAAUUCCCAGGAAAAAUCUCCUUUCCCUGCUCAGGAUGAGGUUUUUAUUUAUUUUUUGCACUGGAAAAUUCCCAGAAAAAAGAAUUUCUUUGGGAAAACCCAAUUUUUAAUGGGAUUUCUUGCACUGAGAAGGGAAGCUCAUCCCAAAACUCCUAAAAAUUCUGGGAAUUGGAGGAGAUUUUUCCCACCACUCCUUUUCUUAUUUUUCCC